AAAGAAAAUAAAGAAGCCAUUUAAUUUUUCCAACAAGAGCUAAUAGGCGAUAAAAAUUAACCAUAUUAUUGUUAUUCUAUUUCAUACCAUUUAUGAAAUGAUUAUUUGAUGACAACAAGGAUGAAGUGAUUUUGGAUGGAGGCGAAGAACAUAUGUGGACCUAGGAGCAUAUUUGGUCAAACUCAUGAAGUAAUUGGGGAUCUAGCAAAAUCCAAAUGGAAAGUGGGCUAAAUACUCAAUAUUCAAGGGUCUCCUGAUAGUUAACCUGAAGCAGAUGUAAAAAAUGUGGAUAAUGGAAAUAAUUUUUUUCAAUCUGUUUUAAAAAAAUUAAAGAUUUUUUAAACCCUCAGAAAAGGGCAGAAUGCUCUAUCAGGCCUGAACAGAAAAAUAAAAGGGAUUAUAAAUUCCAUCUCUAAAUAUAUUAAGGCUAAGGUAGUGGAACAUAAUUGGGAAGAGUCCCAUCAUCAAACCCUUUGUUAAUAAAUAGAGAAGUAGAGAAUAAGGCCUAUCAUAUUAUUAUGGACGACUCUAGAUUGAU